AUGCUCGCACAAUCUCGAUUCUUCUGUGCGCCAUCGACGUCUUCUUCCUCUUCCUCUCAUCGCACUCAACACACUUUAUCGAGCAGAGGAGGAAGACGUUCUGGCCUUCGAGAUGAACAAAAACGUCACCCGAAAGUCCAUCAAAGAAAAAAGAAAUGUACCCACGCGGCGUUGGCAAACGCAGACAUUGAACGCGCUCGAGGAGGUGAUUUUCGCGAAGCUGCAGAGUGCUUCGUUGACGCGUUCUUCGUCGACGGUAAAUCGAAUCCAGACGACCGAGAAAUCGGCUCUUUAGAACGCGCCCAGGCGUCUGAUUUAUCCAAAAGAUACUCAAAUGCGAAGAAAGGGGCGAUGUUCAUCGUGCGAGACGACGAGACGUGCGAUUUGAUGGCGUGCGCUGGGGUAGAGUAUCGACGAUAUUUGGGCGAUUACGACUACGAAAACGUUCCGGAAGACGUUGAUAGAUUCGCGCUCGGGUCUUCGAUAACGGUACCGAUUAUUGCAAACCUGGCCACCUCUCGAAAGGCUCGAGGGAAAGGCUACGCCAAGGCGUUGGUGAGAGAGUGUGAAAAGGAGGCGAAGAAUAACGGUUUCGAAGAGUGCGCUUUAAUUGUAGAAAGCACGAAUAGUAAAGCUCGUUCGUUGUAUAAAAAAAUGGGCUAUAGAGUUGCGAAAACGCUGAAAGAUCAAAAUGCGUUGAAGAUGCAGAGCGACGGAAAAGCGAGAGUCGUGAAGGUGACCACGUUGCUAAUGAGAAAGAGUUUACUCAAUCAAAGACAGAGCAUCGAUUUGGAGAGUCUCGUUGUUCCAAUCGGUGCAGUGGUAGCUUUAUACGCGCUCAGUGCUAACGACGACCUUCGAGACGCCAUCUUUGGCUUUCUCGGCACUUCGUAA